AUGGCUGACACCCGACGGCAUCUUGAAAGAUUGCUCGCAGCGCACUCGUACAAUCACACCCGUCUACAGUCAUUCAAGUGCAGCUCGUUACGGUCGCAUGUGCUCCCUCUGUUGCUCGUCAUCGUUUUUCUCUCCUCGCUCUCGCCGAGCCUGGAAGCCGAAGCUGCUGGUUCGGUUCGGCAGGUGGUGAAGCUCGGGUUCCUGCUGCCGUAUCCUAAAGCCGACCACGUCAUUCCCCUGCGCCUCGCAGACGAGUGGUACGCGCCUCGUUCAAGGAUCGCGGCGUCACGAGUGGCUCUGGAGGUGCUAGGACCCAAAUACUCGAACGCCUUUGAUGUGGUGCCGCACAUUGCCCCACCCACCGCUAACCACUCCCUUUCUCUCCCCUCCUCCCAUUCUCUCAACGCCCUCGUUCAGGAUCGCAGCGAUAGCAGCAUCAAGGGUCGCUCUGGAGGUGCUAGGGCCCCCGAAUACUCGGACGCCUUUGAUGUGGUGCCGCAUAUUGCUCUGCCUACUGCCAACACUCUCUAUCCCUCUCACUCCUAUCACCCCACCUGUUCAGGAUUGCAGCAUCAAGAGUGGCUCUGGAGGAUUGCAGCAUCAAGAGUGGCUCUGGAGGUGCUAGCCCCCAAAUACUCGGACGCCUUUGAUGUGGUGCCGCACAUUGCCAACUCCAACUGCGACCGACAGGAGGCCAAGGAGGCUGCGCAGCUCCUAUUAAGGGACGGGGUGGUGGGAGUGGUGGGCCCAGCAUGCACAGAGGCAGCGCUGGGAGCAGCAGACGUGCUUGUACCUGCUGGCGUUCCCAUCGUGUCGUUUGCUGCCACGUGGGAUGGGUUCAGAGACCGGGAGAGAUUCGGCAGCUUCUUUCGCACUGUCUUCGGCGACAGGCACCAAGCAGCGGCCAUGCGCUCCCUGCUGCAGGAGUUUGUGUUUGAGCGAGUAAUCCUGUUCUUCACAGAGGACACAUAUGGGUCAGCGCUAGGUUAUGAUAUCGAGUAUUUCGCGCGCAGUGACAAUCUGGCAGUACACAGCAUUCCCGUGCCAGUGCCCUGCUCCAACUACUCCUCGCUCUUCCUCAACCUCUCCGAUCCAAGCCCCUCCAAGCCGCUCAUUCAAGCCGGUGACUCCACAGUGGUGGUCCUCGCCGUCUCGCCCAAUGCAGCCGGGGGCAUCUGGAGGGCUGCAUUAGACCUGCCGCUCAUUCAAGCUGAUGACUCGGAUGAGCGGCUUGGAGGGGCGUGGGGGUGCUUGAAGGCCACCACAAUAGUGGUCCUCGCUCCUCGCGGUCUCACCCAAUGCAGCCGAGGGCAUCUGGCGUGCGGCUCUCGGCCUGGUGAGGGAUAUCCCCUUCAAAUCUGGUCUCUCCAAUACCCUCCACACCCCUCCACGCCCCUCCUCGCCCCUCCACGCCCCUCCCCGCCCCUCCCCGCCCCUCCACGCCCCUCAACGCCCCUCAACGCCCCUCACUCAUUCACCAGGUUCCCCAUUCUUCCUUCCCCCCCCUUGCGGAAACCACCAGGGUCGGUUGGAAUAUCCGUGGUGGUAUUUCGGCACGGAUGGAGCAGUGGCAUUCGACCUUGGUGGGAAGGUCAGAAUCUGUCAGCGCUGACGUCAGCACUGCAAGGGGAGAUGGGGGUCGCUCCUUACAAGGGAGACUACUCGGACUCCUCCCCCAUAUGGGAGUACAUAAUGCACUGGCGCACCAAGCGCCAUGACAUCUACCCUGGAUUGCUCACUCUGGACGUCGGGCCUUCCCUCCCCCGAUUCAACACCACCCGCCAAUACGUGCCCUACCUGUUCGACGCCAUUCACGCCUUCUUCGAGGCUUUCAGCAGCAUUAUCGCCAACCAGAGUGAGUUUCUCGGUGGGUGGGGUGUGGGGAUACCACCAUCCGAUGAGGGGAUGACUAGGGACUUUCUCCCCUUCCUCCCACCUCACUCCCCCGAUUCAACACCACCCGUCAAUACGUGCCUGUCUUGGUGGGUGGGGGCAAUACCAUACUUCGUCUCUCUCCCUCCCCUUCCCCCCUCCCCCCUAUUCAACACCACCCGCCAUUACGUGCCAUACGUGUUCGACGCCGUUCACGCCUUCUUUGAAGCUUUCAGCAGCAUUAUCGCCAGCCAGAGUGAGUGUCUCGGGGUUACUACCUGGCUUCCAUCUGCUAGCAAGGCCACCUGCCUGUUCGAUGCCGCUCACUCCUUUUUCGAGGCUUUCAGCAGCAUUAUCACCAGCCAGAGUGAGUACCUCCGCUCCGGCCGUUCAACCAGAGCUUCCUCCUUCCCUUCCCCCCACUCACUCCCCCGCUUCAACACCACCCGCCAAUACGUGCCCUACCUCUUUGACGCCGUUCACGCCUUCUUCGAAGCUUUUAGCAGCAUCAUCGCCACCCAGAGUGAGUGUCUUGGUGGGUGGGUGUGGAGUGGAGUUGACUUGGGUCCCUCUCUCCCUCCCUUACUCCCUCCCCCUUCCCUUACUCCCUCCCCUUCCCUCCCUCGACUCAACACCACCCGUCAAUACGUGCCGUACCUGUUUGACGCUGUUCACGCCUUCUUCGAGGCCUUCAGCAACAUUAUUGCCAACCAGAAUGCAGCACCCACUAAGGAGCUUGUGCUGGCGUGCUUUAAAGGCGUGCUGCGUGGAUGCAUCAACUUCACGGGAACAACAGGGCAGGUCUCAUUCAACCCAGCUACAGGCGAGCGAUUGAAAUCUGUAGCCCCACCGACCUACAGCAUUGCCCUUCCUCCCACCAUCCCCAUCCACCCCUUCACCACAACCAGCUACAGGCGAGCGAUUGAAAUCUGUCUCAUUCAACCCAGCUACAGGCGAGCGAUUGAAAUCUGUAGCCCCACCGACCUACAGCAUUGCCCUUCCUCCCACCAUCCCCAUCCACCCCUUCACCACAACCAGGUCUCAUUCACCCCAGCUACAGGCGAGCGAUUGAAAUCUGUAGCCCCACCGACCUACAGCAUUGCCCUUCCUCCCACCAUCCCCAUCCAUCCCCACCACCACCAGGUCUCAUUCACCCCAGCUACAGCCGAGCGAUUGAAAUCUGUAGCCCCGACCCGACCGCAUUGUGGUUUUGAGACGUCUCAGUUGUCCUCCCACCGUCCCCAUCCAUCCCUCCACCACAACCAGGUAUCCUUCAACCCGGCUACAGGCGAGCGGCUCAAGACAGUGACCCCACCGACCUACAGCAUUGUGAAUCUGGAGGGCGUGACAUGGCAGGAAAAGGCACGAUGGGAGGAGCGACACGUGGAGCGGUUCACUCUCUUCAUCCUCCUCCCUCCCAUGACCAGAAGGCCCCGCUGGGAGGAGCGGCACGUGGAGCGGUUCACUCUCGACCUCUCCCAGAUCUCCCGCCCAGGUCCUUUGCCCGGUGCUGCUGGUGCUGGUGCUGGUGCUGGUGGUGGCAGUGGUGGUGGGACCAGUGGUGGUGCUGGCAAUGGCAGUGCAGCAGGGGUGAAGGAGGCAGGUGACUACUCAGCCCCUGCUGUGUUUGAUGCCUUGAAUCAGGAGGGGGACGGGAGUGGGAGGAAGGGAGGAGAUGGAGGUGAUGGUAUGGUGGAUGCUGGUUUGGAUGAUGUGGAUACUGCUGAUGUUGGUAGUGGUGACGAGAGUCAUCAUAAGCAAGUACCUUCCUCGCUGAAGUUGUCUGCGAAGCCCGUCAAUGUUCGCAGCACCCGUGCGGUCCGCAUCGUGGCCAUGGCCCAGCCUGAUCUGAAGAAGGAGAUUCAGGAGAAGAUCGCUGCUGCUCAAGAGACCUGCUCCGAUCCGAACUCCACCGCUGAGUGCGCUGCUGCGUGGGAUGAGGUGGAGGAGAUCUCAGCUGCCGCUGCUGAUCAGGCUUUGAAGCAGAAGGAAGCGGAUUACGAGGAUCCCCUUGAGAAGUACUGCAACGAGAAUCCCUCUGAGGAUGAGCGCAGCUCUUUCGUCCAGACCGCCUCCCUGAAGUCCUCCUCGCUCACUGUCCGCAGCAUCCGUUCUGUCCGCAUUGUCGCCAUGGCUCAGCCUGAGGCCAAGGAGGCUGAGGAGAAGAAGGCUGCGGAGGAGAAGGCCAAGGCAGAGGAGGCUGCUGCUGCUGCUGCUGAGAAGACUGAGGAGAAGAAGGAAGCCUACACGGACCCUCUUGACGCGUUCUGCGACGACAACCCCGCUGCUGACGAGUGCAGGAUUUAUGAGGAUUAA